GCCUAAAAUGGAGAGAUGGGUGCAUUAGCUGCACACGACACUACUUCUCCUGGACUGGGAGCAGCAGAUUCACAGUGGGUCUGGAGUCACAUCAGUCCUCCCUUCCUAUUAAGUUUUGUUUUUCUUUGCAAAGAGAAGAUGUAUUUUUCAGUCCUGGCUGUUCUGUGUGGACAUUUAAACACUUUAUUUUUAUCAGCUCUCUUCGAGGACAACUACUGGAAAUAAAAAAAAAAGUCUGACUCUAACCAUGUCAGUGAUGUUUGGAAAGGCGAAGUCGUGUCCUGAAUGUAACCUGGUGCUGCUCGGUGCCAUGGGCUGCGGGAAAUCAGCACUCACAGUGAAAUUUCUCACAAAACGGUUCAUCAGUGAAUACGACCCUUAUCUAGAGGACAUUUAUUCAUCAGAGGAAAUUGUGGACCACCAGCCGGUGACAGUGAGAGUGAUGGACACCUGCGACCAGGAGGGCCCAGUGAAUUGUGAGCGGUAUCUGUCCUGGGCCAAUGCUUUCCUUGUGGUCUACAGCAUCAAUGUCAUGGAGAGCUUCAGAGGCUGUCAGCUCUACCUGAAGACACUUUCUCUGCACAACAAAACCUUCAGUCCACAAACUCCCAUCAUCCUGCUGGGCAACAAGCUGGACAUGGACAGAUACAGGCUGGUAUCCCCUGUACAGGUGAGCCAGUGUGACGGGGAGGCCUUGGCCGCUCAUUUCGGCUGUUUAUUCUUUGAGGUGUCGGCCUGCAGGGACUUCCACUCCGUGCAGCACGUUUUCCACGAGGCGGUGAGGAGGGCGAAGAGGGACGGCGGCGGCGGCGGCGGCGAGCGUGUCAGUUUGAUCCGUCCCGUCUACGUCAGCGAGGACAAAGCGCUGCUCAGCGUCCCCUCCUUCACAACCCCGUGCUACAAGGAGCUGCCGGCCCCCGCCACUGCCAAGCUGGUCACCGUGAAGACGUCCAGGGCCCAGAGCAAACGGAGAGCCCCCACCCUCACCUUGCUCAAAGGCUUCAAGAUCUUCUGACGCUUUCUGGACCCUGACCUUGUGUUUCCAGUCCCUCAACUGUUACGAGUGAGACUUGACUCAACCCUCUGUGGCAGAGGGGAGGAUGAGCUGGAGCACAUCAGAAAAACGGACUGAAAAUGCUCCUCUGCAUGUGUGAGCGCCUGUUCUAUGUUUGUUACUUCAUGUGUCACAAACAUAAAAUGAGAAAUACAUUUUUUAAAUAAAGGAAGAUGUCAGAUAUGGAAGCAAUUGUGUUCCAUAAUCCUAAUUAAAAUGGAUUAAUAGAAAUGCUGUUUCAUUUUCAACAUGUACCUGAU